AUGGCUAGCAGCUCGACCUCACCGGAACCGGAGACGACGUCGACGAGAUGCAUCACGGCAACGCUCGACUUCGAGAUGGCCAACUACCUGGAGCUCCGUGGCAUGGGCGUCGGCAACUUCGUCUGCUCCAGGACGUUCCGCGUCGGCGGCUACGACUGGGAGAUCCGCUUCUACCCGGACGGCUGGAAGGAGAACAAUUGCCACGGCAAGGCCGCCUGCUUCCUCUGCUACCUCAGCGAAGCCAAGGACGUCAGAGCUCGGGUCAAGCUAAGCUUACUCGAGAAAGACCGUCCGGAUGACGCGCCCAUCGCCAGCUUCGACGCCACGGAGCACGUCUUCUCCCCGGACAGGAGCGAGAUCUGGGGCCACACGGACUUCGCUAGCAAGUACGAGCUCAAGUCGCUGUCGCGGCCCCUGCCUGGCCGGCCCGACGCGGGCUGCUUCACGGCCCGCUGCGUGCUCACCGUCAGGAAGGACUCCCCGCCGCUGGAGCUGCUGGGCCACCUGGAGCGGAUGCUCGGGGAAGGGGCCGGCGCAGACGUCACCUUCCGCGUGGGCCGCCGCCGGUUCCCGGCCCACAGGGCGCUCCUGGCGGCCCGGUCACCCGUGUUCCGGGCCCAGCUCUUCGGCGCCAUGGCGGAGAAGGACAUGGCCCGCGUCAAGGUCGUUGACAUGGACCCGGGAAUUUUCGGGAUGAUGCUUCACUAUCUCUACACGGACUCUCUGCCGGCGCCGUGCGGCGCCGGAGACGAGGAAGGAGGAGGCGGCUACAGUGCUGCCGAGAUGCAGCAUUUGCUGGUGGCGGCGGAUAGGUACGGGCUGGAGAGGCUGAAGCUGAUGUGCGAGGAAGAGCUGUGCGAGAAGAUCGACGUGGAGACCGUGGCCACCACGCUGGCAUUGGCGAACCAGCACCGUUGUAAACUGCUCAAGGACGCGUGCCUGGUGUUUAUGUCGUCGCCGGAGGUGCUGGGCGUCGUCCUGGAGGCAGAAGGGUUCAGGGAGCACUUCUUGACGACUUGCCGGCCACUGACUUUGGAGGGGCGAGACAAGGGGAAGAAGGCUAGCGGUGGAGAAGAAGAAAUUGGUCAAAGCCCGAAAGUCAAAAGGAUCCGUACGAAAUAUCAAGAUUAA